AUGGUACGCAAUAGUUCUGAGAGGAAUCAAGAAUCUUCUUUUUCAGUUCCUGAUACUUUGAAAGAAACACUCAAAGAUGAAGUACAGAAUGAAGAAGAAGAUACUGCAAGCCAAGCUGUUGAAAAGGGUGUUUUACCAAAAGUAGAAACUUCACAAACUAGUGAGGAAAAAUACAAAAGUGUGGAAGAAUUAGUCAAAGAGCAGGAAAUAAGUGAAGACAUUUGUGAGGCUUCUGUGGAACCUACUGAUAAACAUGAACCAGAACAAGAAGAAAUAGAAAAAAGCAAAGAAAUACUGUCAAGUGACUUAAAAGGAGCAGAAAUUGUAAUACAGAAAUCUGAUGUGCUGUUAUCUUCACAAGAUGUUUCUGAAACAUUAGCUCUAAAAGAAAGCGAGCAAGUAAUAGAUUCUAAAGAACCAACUGAAUCAAGUGACCAAGCUGAUAAUGUUCAUCAUCCUGAAAGUUUAUCCAUUGUUCCUAUUUUAGAGACAACCCCUCAAGCAUCAAGUGAUGAGAAAUUUUCUGUCUUAGUAAAACUUGGCCAAGUAUCAGCUACUAAAGAAACUAGUGAAGGUUUAAAGGAAACCCCUGGUGAAAAUAGUAAAAAAUUAUUUGAUGAAAAUGUUGGAGUUAAAGUAGAAUCUGGCAUAGUAUCAACUACUGAGGUAUUGACCAAGGUGCCAUCUUCUGAAGAGAUGCUUGAGGUUAACAGCAAGCCUUUUUCUGAAGAACCUGGUAAAUUAUCAACAACUGAAGAACCAAAAAAAGCUUCAGAUACUAUUGAAAUUCGUGAUGGAACUUUGAGAGUUCAAGUUGAAGAAAACAUUAUAUCCACUCAAGCAUGUGAUAAAGUACCAAUUGCUGAAACACUCACAGAGUCUUCUGUUACAGGGAAGUAUCCUGAUGUAGUUGAAAAAGAAUUAAAAGGGGAACUAUGCUCUUCUAUGGAAUCUAAUCUAAUAGCUGAUAAAAAUGAUGUUGAAAUUCAUCUCUCUGAGAAAGCCUUUGGUGAAGUUAACAAAAUACUUACUUACAAAGAGGUUCAUUCUGAUGAAGAAUCUAGCCAGAUAAUGCCACCUGGGAGAAUUUCAGAACUUCCAGACCCUGGAAUAACUUCAGUUGAAGUUAGUCAGAUACCAGUGAGGAAAUCUGAUCUAUCUACUGAACAUAGUCAGAUAACAUCUGAUCAAUUUGAUCUGGCACAAACUCCUAAAGAACCAACUGGAAUUACAGUUCCUGAGAAACUUACACUAGUACAAACUGACAAGAAAAUUCCAUGUAAUGAUAUAUCUGGCAGUGUGCAAACUACCGAAGCACCAAUUACGAAAACAACAACUAGUGAAGAUAUUAAAAAAAUAACUACUGUAGACACUAAAGAAAUUCCAGUUUCUGGAAAGCCUGUUGAUAAAGGUGGCCAAACACCAGCUUCAAAUGGGAAUGUUUCUGACCAGGUGAAAAUAGAUCCAAGUUGUGAUACUGAAAAAAAUUUCUCUCUUGAUGAAAUAUCUAUCAAAUCUCAGACUGAAGAAACCCUAACAGCAGGAAAUGAAACAGUAACUCUGUCUAAAGAUACAUCGUCAACAGAGCUAGAUGCAAGGUUGUCCUAUCCAGAAGGUGGGGAGAAGAAAAGCAGUGAGACAGCUGGUAAAGACGUUGUAGAGUCUAAGGUCACACAGGAAAUAACAAAGGAACCUCAAGGGUCAACUAGAAAAAGUGAAGGUUCUAGUCCUGAUUUAGAAAGUUUUGUAAUCAUUGAUUCCCUACCAAGCACAAUAUCGAAUGACCUGGCCACUCCACAAAAGCAAAUGUGUUUAGAUGCUUCUAAGAAAUCAACUGAUGACCGUGUUUGGGCUACAAAAUUAAAAACUGAUGAAGCAGGGAAGAAACAUUCCUUAUUAGGAGAAGGGGAUAGUGCUGAAAACAAGGAAGAAAAUGUAUUACUUGAAGAUAAUCAACAGCCAGAAAAAGAUAUUGUAAGACAGAGAAAAGGUAAUAUGGAUGAAGUGAAGGCAGAUGAAACACCAUCAAGUAAAGAGUUGUUACCUAAAGAAACCACUCAGCAUGAAGUACAAGAAUUAAUAGGAUUAGCAGAUAAAGUGGAAGAAAUAAAAGAGUCAUCAAAGACAGAAGUUGUGCAGACAUCUGAAGAGAAGCUUUCUCCUCCAGACAAAAAAACAAAAGAAAAGCAGCAUGGUGAACACGAUGCAAAUCAACCUGAGACAUCUGUAUUAUAAGAUUCGACAAGAAUUUAAAUGGUCAUUUAUCUUGUAUGUUGAGGUAUUGAUAUCACCCAUUUUGCUACAUAUAUCUUGUUAUGCUUAAUUAUUUAGAUUAGAUCAAUAGUACUGUAAUUUCCAUAAAAUAUGUGACAAAUGUUAUCUUUAAGAUUUUUUUUAGUCUAUUAAUUAAAAUAAUAAAAGAAUGCUUUAAAAAACAUAUUAUGCUUUAAGGUGUGGGCGUGUGAAACAGGUUUGGGCAGGUUAGGAAGAAUCUGAACUAAUUUACCAUUAAAAGAGUUUUGUAUGGAAACUAUUGUUCAAGUUCUGUUUCUACUUGUAUUUAAGAGCAGAAAGAUU